AUGGCACCCCAACGCAACAUGUUCGCCAUGUUGGCGGACGAGAACGACGACGAGACCUCCUCUGCCCACAGUCAGCCACAAACCGACGACGGUACGACCAGUCAGACCAUCUACACGCCUCUCACCGAGACUCAUCAGUCCGACGAUGCCGACUCAGUACAGUCGCCCCAAGACAUCGUCUUGACACCAGAAGCCCAAGAGGCGCGAGCAGCACUCACUCGCCACAAGCAGAUGGCCGCCUUUCUCAUAAACUUUCACAACAACCACCACGGUCCAGAACAACCCCUCGAAGACGGCAUCUGGGGCGCCGUCAUCCACCCACGCACCAAACACGACCUCCCCGGAGGCGAGAACCCCCUCGAGGACGGCACGAACGUGCGAGCCCGAAUCACCCCUGUUCCAGGUUCGAUGGCGUCCUACGAGAACCCAGACAAUGUCUGGCUGACACCAGAACUUCCUGCGAAACUAGGUUUUCCGGUCAAGAUCACGACGUGGCCAUACCCACAGGGCAGGGCAGCGGAUCAGAACCAGUACAACCACUUCGUGCAUACCCUGUUCCUCGGCGCCGACGCCUCGAAGUCUAGCUUUACCAAGUUCACGCACGAGGGAUACAUUGGCGACGCGUUGGUCGUGCGGACGGAUGGAAAGGACCUUUCGGAUCAGCAGGUGGAGGUUUUGCUGCAUUUCAUCAAUGAUGAGUUCUCGGUGGCGGCGGUGAAGUUGUUGGAUAUGGAGGAGGGCAAGGAGAAGGAUGCGUGUAAGAAGCAGAUCGCAGAGAAGUACCUCCACCCGGAGGCUUUGCAUGCGUACUGGCAGGAGUACCGUCGGGAGAGGAUCAAGAGUGGGCGAGUCUGGGAGGAUGCGGUUUCGCCUGUCAAGGUGACGCUGGGAGAAGUGAAGCCCGCUUGUGGCAGGUGCUUCAAGAGGGAGGCCGAAAAGGGGCAGUUCUUGUUCUGCGAGGGUUGUGAGGAUCGGUUUUACUGCUCGAAGACCUGCAGUGAUAAGGAUGAGAAGCGGCAUGCGGAGUCCUGCUUUUGGGAAGACGAGACGGUGGACUCUGGUUUGGACAGUAGUGCUGAGUGUGUGGAUAGUCAGUCGUCUGACUUCAGCUAUUCGGAGGAGAGGUCUGACUAG